AACUGAUACAAACUCAUAAAAUUUUCAAUAAAAUGAAAGCUCGGAUUUAGAGAAUUUAGAGAGCGGAAUCGGCACUUCAACAGUAACUAGGUUUGCGAAAGGACGCGAAAUGGACGAGGCUGAAUUCCGACGCCUUCUCGAUCUCUUCCCAAUAGUCCGAUCUCGCGACUACCAUGCUGAAUUAGAGCAAUCUAAAGAAUCAACUUCUAAGUCAGCCCAGUACGAAGAGGUGAAAGAAUGGCAGGAUGCAUGGGAUGAGGGAGAUAAAAAAGAAGUGGAGAAGCAAGGACUUGACCAACAUGGUGCAUUUUGGGAGAAGCUAAAGUUGGUUGCUGAGAGAAAGGUGGGUGAAGCAGAAGCAGAGAGAUUUUGCAAGGCAUUUCAACGAAUUCAUAAGAAACUUGUCUAUGAAGAACUGAGUUUGGAUGCUGCCCAGAAAUUCCUGAACUCGUCCUGAAGUUCGUUCUGUGGCAUAGAUUCUGCAUGCUUUUGUACAUUUCCCAUGUUUUUAAUUUUUGGUGAUAACAAGCCUUCUGCUUCCUCUGAGCAAAGGCUGUGGCGCCAAUUAGUUCUACUAACUGCCCUUUUUGCUUUUGCCCUUGUGAUUUGUAUGAACUUUAAAAAAUUCAUAAUCGAGCUGAAAGGGCAUUGUUGAUGGUA